AUGAGCGAAGGCGUAGGCACAGAAAUUGACAAGCCUCUGGCUGUCUCAUCCUCGGAACAUGAGGAAGUAACCGUCAUCACUACCGGCGAAGCGCGUGGUGCACUUGGCCAUUCCGCCGUUGCGUACGGCCCGGAUGGAGUCCGAGGUCUCUUUUCAUCGGGCUACGUGUUUGGGGCUGCAUUUUUGGCCUCCCUAGGUGGAUUCUCGUUUGGAUACGACCAAGGUGUCAUCUCAAUCAUCAACGUGAUGGACCAGUUUCAUACAGUCUUCCCACAGACUAAGACUCCGUUUGGCACGGGAUUCAUGACUGGGAUGUUGCUGCUCGGGGCGUUUGUCGGCUGUCUGUUCAUGCCUUAUCUUGCAGAUAAGAUUUCAAGGAAGUGGGCAUUGACUAUUGUUGUGGUGAUCUUUGACAUUGGUGCCAUCAUUCAGACUGCAGCCCAAGACUAUGCGAUGCUGGUUGCUGGGAGAGCGAUCGGUGGGAUCGGCACCGCGCCUCUCUAUAUCUCAGAAAUUUCCCCGCCAAACCUUCGUGGGACAUUGCUGGUUCUAGAAUCCGUUUCGAUAGUCUCCGGUGUCGUUAUCGCGUAUUGGAUCACCUUCGGUACUCGACUCCUAGAAGGCGAUAUCUCUUUCCGACUUCCUCUCGGACUACAGAUGGUAUGUGCGACGCUCCUGGGCAUCUGCAUACACAUCUUCCCGUAUUCCCCACGAUGGCUUGCACUCGUAGGCCGUUCCCAAGAAUGCAUGGCUAGCUUAGCCAAGCUCCGGAACCUCCCAUCUACAGAUGAGCGUGUGCAAGCGGAAUACCACGGCAUUCUCGCGGAGAUCACGUUUCAGCGCCUUGUGGAAGAAAGAAAUCAUCCUGGAGUUAAGGGCUGGAAGCUGGAAGCGUAUAGUUGGCUGGAUUUGUUGAAGAAGAAGAACUGGCGCCGGACGUCUGUGGCGGUAGGUGUAAACUUCUUCCAACAAUUCUCCGGUAUCAACGCUUUCAUUUACUAUGCACCUACGCUGUUCCAGUCUCUCGGUCAAUCAGGUGAGAUGUCAUUGAUCCUGUCCGGGGUAUUCAAUAUCCUGCAGCUGGUUGGGGUUUUUAUUUGUAUUGCAACAAUUGACCGAGUUGGACGUCGCCCUCUUGCCAUUAUUGGCGGAUUUGGCUGCGCAAUCUGCUACAUGAUCAUCGCAAUCUUGAGCGGGCUGUUUUCUCAUGACUGGCUCGCCCAUACAGAAGCUGGUUGGGCAGCUGUUGCUUUCGCCUUCUUGUUUAUUCUAGUCUUCGGUGUGUCAUACUCACCAUUGGGAUGGGCACUUCCCUCAGAGGUGUUCACCACAGCGUCUAGAUCCAAGGGAGUCGCCUUGUCUACCUGCCUCAACUGGCUCUCCAAUUUCGUCAUCGGAGUAGCUACACCCCCGAUGAUGGCUACCCAGGGCUAUCGAACAUAUAUCUUCUUCACGGUAUGGUGCUUUUUGGCUGGGGUGUGGGCACUGCUGUUGGUUCCUGAGACGAAGGGGAAAACGCUCGAGGAGAUGGAUGAAGUGUUUGGGGAUCUGCAAGGCCUCUCUGAGAGGGAGCUUAUGAGAUCUGCCAUUGAUUCUGUGAGGCAGGGUGUCGUGAUGGAUGAACCGAGGGUCUAG